ACAUUGGCUGGACACCGCAUUCAAGAGGUUACUAUGAUUUCGAAUGGAUGUCGAAUGCGGGGCUGCAUCCUUGUUUCAGAAGCCGGCUCCGUUGGCCUGUCGCUGAUUGUCUGGACGGCGUCCGGAAUUUUCACAGCAAUCGGUGCUUAUUGCUAUGCUGAACUUGGAACACUUAUUAAAAAGUCCGGAGGUGACUAUGCAUAUAUUAUGGAAGCAUUCGGUCCUUUCUUAGCAUUCAUUCGUUUAUGGAUUGAAGCGAUUGUUGUCAGGCCAUGUACUAUAACAAUUGUGGCGUUGACGUUUGCCAUAUAUAUUCUACGACCAUUUUAUCCUGAAUGUGAUCCACCAGAUUUGGUACCGGAGACGCUUGCAGUACUUCUAAUAGUGCUGAUGACUGCUAUCAACUGCAUGUCAGUGCGUGUUGCAACGUUCGUACAGGACUUCUUCACAAUAGCAAAGGUGCUAGCCUUAGUAUUGAUUAUCGGCACUGGAAUGGUACUGCUGAUGACAGAAUAUCGCGAAUCUUUCGACAAUAUUUUUGAAAACAACUCCAGAGACUUUUCUACCGUAUCCAUCGCAUUCUACUCUGGUCUUUUCGCAUAUUCUGGAUGGAAUUUUUUGAAUUUCAUCGUUGAAGAGCUGCAAAAUCCUAAAAGGAAUCUUCCAUUGGCAAUUGCAAUUUCGAUUUCAACAUGUACAAUCAUCUAUGUACUUACCAAUGUCGCCCUCUACACUGCCAUAUCACCAGAUGAAAUGCUUGAAAGUCCAGCAGUAGCAGUGUUAUUCGCCAACAAAUUAUUUGGUCCAUUCGCAUUCUGUAUGCCAUUGUUCGUCGCCUGCUCAACCAUCGGAUCAGCUAACGGUGUUAUUUUCACCUCAUCAAGGCUGUUCUACGUAGGAGCUCGAGAGGGUCAGAUGCCUCAAGUACUGACAAUGAUCAACAAGACCACUCGAACGCCCAUUCCAGCAGUGAUAGUGACUGGAGGUCUGGCUGUCGCCUAUCUGGUUCUGUCGAAGAACGUCUACUCACUGAUUAAUUACAUUCAAAUCACUUAUUGGUUGGCCAUCGCUGCUGCCAUGGCUGCAUUGUUCUGGUUACGGAAAACCAUGCCCGAUGCUGAGAGACCUAUUAAGGUCUCACUUAUAUGGCCAGCAAUAUUCUUAGCCGGUUGCGCUGCUUUGGUGGUAAUACCAAUUAUGGCUGCUCCAAAAGAUACCGCAAUCGGUUUGAUGAUUAUGUUGUCUGCUGUACCAGUUUACCUCGUCUUCAUCGCAUGGAAGAACAAGCCGAAAUUUGUCGACAAGUCGUUCACGGUUGCCAUACAGAAAUUGUUUAUGGUCGUCGACGACACCACUAAGGAGGACUAG